AUGGCAUCGACUCUGUCCAAGGCCUUCCCUGCGGCUGUCAAAGAGAUUCGCAUGCACUUCUCUCCCACAAGUGCAUCCAGCUCGGGUGCUCGUAAGUUCGUGGCUCAACACUACAAAGAGGUCAAGGCGUCGAACCCUUACAUUCCCUUCCUUGUGCGUGAAGCACAGGGAGGUCCGGCUCGUCUGUUUGUUCGUCUGGAACGUGGAGCGGAAAAGAACGCAGAAAUCAGCAACCUCGAGCCUAGCGCGAUUAUCAAGGCCCUCGAGGAUCUGAUCAAGUGA